CGACGACAAGACACCAACACUCGAGCAUGAGGAGAAUACUGCUGCCCCGCGUGGCAGCGUGCGGGCCAUUGGGUGGACGCGGUCUCGGCCUCGUGCGUGCCCGUGCCCUCGGCUUGCGCUUCAGCUCCUCCGAGCCACCAGCAACGGAGACUAUCACUGAGGCGCCGACACUGCCGUCGUUCUUCUCGCCCCCGGCGGCGGAGAUGACCAAGCCGUUCUACGUCACCACACCGAUUUUCUACGUCAACGCCUCCCCGCACAUUGGGCACCUGCACUCGGUGGUCCUCACCGACGUCCUGGCGCGCUUCUCGCGGCUGCGGCAUCCCUCCCGCCCCGUCGUCUUCUCGACCGGGACGGACGAGCACGGCCUCAAGAUCCAGCAGGCGGCCGCGCGCGCCGGCAUCUCAGAACAUGCGUUCUGCGACGACGUCUCUCAGCGCUUCCGUGACCUUGCAGUGCGCGCCAACAUCUCCCACACGGACUUCAUCCGUACCUCCGAGGAACGGCACUACCGCGCCGUCGAGGCGUUCUGGGCCAAGCUCUACGCGACUGGCAACGUGUACAAGGGCACGCAUGAGGGCUGGUACUCUGUCUCGGACGAGAGCUUCUUCUCCGCCAAGCAGGUUGAGGAGCGCGACGGCAAGAUGAUUGCUACCGAGACGGGCAACGAGGUGACAUGGGAGACGGAGGAGAACUGGAAGUUCCGGCUCGACGCGUACAAGCCGCAGCUCCAGGCAUGGCUGGCGAACCCCGAGUCUGUAACGCCGACGCAUUUCCACACGGCUAUCGCCAAGGAGGUCGAGGCUGCUGGGGAGCUCAGCAUCUCCCGCCCCUCCUCCCGCGUCAAGUGGGGCGUCCCGGUGCCCGGCGACGAGAGCCAGACGAUCUAUGUCUGGGUUGACGCUCUCAUCAACUACCUCACUGUGGCAGGAUAUCCUGACGCGCACGCCGCCUGGCCGGCAGACAUGCAUGUGGUUGGGCAGGACAUUAUUCGUUUCCACGCGUUCCACUGGCCUGCCUUGCUCGCCGCUGCUGGGGAAGCCUUGCCGAAGCGGGUGCGUGCCCACGCCCACUGGACGAUGCACAAGGCCAAGAUGUCCAAGUCACGCGGCAAUGUUGCCGACCCCUUGGCCGCGAUGGACAAGUUCGGCGCGGACGGCGUGCGAUGGUACCUCAUGCGCGCCGGUGGCUCGCUUCCGCGGGACAGUGACUACUCCGAGUCCGAGCUUGAGGCGAGCUACGGCAGGCUGCAGGACCAGUUGGGUAAUCUCGUCUCGCGCCUUUCUUCGCCGAAGGUGCUCGCGAAUGUCGGCUCCUUUGAGGGCAAGUCCGUCCCCCAUCUCGACGCCGCACUUGGAGGGCUUCGGGAUGAGGUCGAGGUGCGCUUCGAGGAGUGCAAUAUCUCAGCGGCAUGCGAGGCCGUGCUCUCCAUGCUCGGCGACGUGAACAAGUUCUUCACGGAUGCCGCACCAUGGCGUGGUGACGGCACGGCUGCCGUAGUGUACGCCCACGAGGCCUUGCGUCUCGCAGGCAUCCUCACCUCCCCGAUCCUGCCGGAGAAAAGCGGGGAGCUACUCGACCGCCUCGCCGUCCCCGCUGACAAGCGGACAUGGGACAGCGCGGUACUGGGAGAGCCCGAUGUCCAGGCUAUUGUGGACGGGAUAGGCGCAGGGAUCCAGGCGUUCGCCGGCGCGCCGCCGCUCUUCCCGAAGAUCGACGAUGCCGGCGCGCAGCACAUGAUCAACCCCCACAACGGGGGAAGAAAGCGCCGCACCAAGUAGACUGUACAUAUGCAUACCACUCAUCGCAUCACUUCCAC